CGCCGCCGCCGCCUCCUCCCGCUCCUCCUCUGGCGUUGUGCGGCCUCGGCUGUUACGCGAGCGCGGGGAUCGAGCGCGGCCUGCGGGCAGCGCCGGCCGCCAUGGCCGGGGAGGUGAAGACGAAGCUGUCCAAGAACCUGCUGCGCAUGAAGUUCAUGCAAAGGGGUUUGGAUUCACAAACUAAAAAACAGCUAGAAGAGGAAGAAAAGAAGAUAAUUAGUGAAGAACACUGGUAUCUUGAUUUACCAGAUCUAAAGGAGAAAGAGAGCUUUAUAAUAGAAGAGAGGAGCUUUAUGCCAUGUGAGGAUCUACUGUAUGGCAGAAUGUCCUUCAAAGGAUUCAAUCCAGAAAUUGAGAAGUUAAUGAUCCAAAUGAACUCUAGGUGCAAGGAAGAAGAAAUUGAAGUGGAUGAUAAAAUGGAGGCUGAUGUGUCAGAUGAAGAAAUGGCCAGAAGAUAUGAAACAUUAGUGGGAACAAUAGGGAAGAAAUUCUUGAGAAAAAGAGACCAGCGUGUACUCCAGGAUGAAGAUGAAGAUGGGAAUAGUAACACAAGACCUAGCAAAAAAGCUAAGAAAAAGUUCUUAAAACCUCAGGAUUAAUGUCAACUGCACAACUGGAGCUAAUAGAAAUGUUAUCUACCAAAUAUAGUAUCAUGAACUAGAGGUAGUUUGGAGUUCUUGCUAUUUAAUGUAAAGAACAGAUUUGUAAAUCUGAGUCUGUUCUCACUGAAAUUUCUACCAUCCACGUGACAAACAUUUUUCAAAGUGGAUGUGUAUAUAAUGGAUGUCAUACAUCCUUUCCCCUCUCAGCAGCUUUUAAUGUGUGGGGCACUAAUCCCAUCAGUCUUUUUAAAUGUUGUGCAUAACUAGAUUCAGUGUCAUAUGCAAUCGAGAGCAACUUUGUUUACAAUUUAUGAUAACAUCUGAAAGAAGUAUUUGAGUAAAGAUGAACUUUGUCCAAUCCAGUAAGGCAGUCCCACUUUCACUGCUUUUUUUUAUUAUGAAAGUGAAAACCUUUGCUGUCUUCAAAUUGAAAAAAGUCAGCAGAAAUAUGUUUGGGGUUUUUUGUUGUUGUUUUUUUUUUUUUUUACUGUGCUAAAAAUAAGAUGGGAAAAGAAUAGAGAGAUAAAAUCCAUUUUGUUGAAUUUUCUUUUUUAUAAAGCUCAUUUAAAAAUAGAGGGGUUUGUAGUAAAACUUUUUUUUUAUAGAGCAAGCCAAAUAUUUGGCAAUGUUUACAGUUUGACACUUGAGCAGAUUGUGAGUCUUAAUUUCUGUCUUCCAAAAGAAGUUUGCUAAUCUUGCCUCUUUCAGCAAAAAAAAAAAUCCAAUCUUACAGUUAUCUAGGUCUUGUCAUAGAAGUAUACUAACGGCUUCAGAAACCUAUUUGAACGCUGAAUAAAAACUGAUUUUCUUGUGUGGUUAAUGAUUGCGGUUUAGCUAAUUUAAUGUAAAAAAUGUUGUUUACUACAAUCUGAUACAAGAAGUGAUCCUGGUUUGUGCUGGCCACAGAUGUCCCCAAAUAUUAGUUGACUGCACUGAUUUUUUCUGUGUAGUGUGCAGUGAAGGCAUCUGAAGUAAUGUUAGGACGGAAACAUGCUCUUUGGUCAGUCAGUACUCUGGGCCCAUUGAAAAAUGUCAGUUGUCGUGUCUAAAAUCAUAGCAGUUCUCUGUAUCCUGUCUUUCAACAAGAAAUAUUUGUUUCUAUUACUUCAUUUCCCCAGCCAGAUGUCUAAGUUAUUAAUCCUUAAUGCUGACUUUCUGGAGAAAGAGGAAUUUGUUAAAUCUAAGCAAGUAGUGGCCAUUCUGUCAUGGACACAAGAGGCUUUAUCUUUUUUUUUGUUUAACAACUGGGUGAAGCAAGACAUGAAACUCAGUUAUAUAAAGAAAGAGACUGUGCGUCUGCUGUAUUUUGCGUGUGAUAUAUGAACUAUAACCCAUAUAUCAAGAGCACCUCAUUAGAUAUUCAAGAUGGAUCACACAUGGAAAGAGAAAUAUACUUUUAAGCUAGUAAGGGGACCUCAUACAGGUGGAAAGUCAGUGAUUCAUGAUCUGAGAUAGUUUUUCAGAGCUAAUUAAAUGCUACUGGUUCAAUUACUUAAAACCUGAUCAUAUAUUAUUGCUAGCUGAAAAGAAGUUAAUGACGGCAAGACAUUUUUCUUCCCAUGGAAGAUGUGACCUGAGCUAAGAAAUGAUUUAUUGUUGGUCAUCACAAGAAAAACUCAGAAUAUAUCCCAUUAUUCUUUCUUGCUUAUUAGUAGGGAAAUGAUUCUCCUCUAUCUGAACACAUUUUGUCAAUGGAGAGAGAAUUUCUGCAUAGCUAUGCUGGAUAGUUGAGGGGGGAAAGUGUGUUCUAGUGAACCACCAGCAACCAGGAGAUGUCACUGCAAUUGCACACCCUGAGAGACAGUAAAUUGGAGAAGGUUCUGGUGGUGUCAUGUAAAUGAGCUUUUGGGUAAUUUUGAUAACAGUUAGUGGCUCAGAUGAACUCUGCGUGAAGUCUUUCUUUGCCAAUGCUCUAUGCAGAGAGCUCUCUUGCAUUGCAGAGUUCUCUUCAGUCCAAUGGGGGGUAAUUUUGCGUAGUUAAAGGGUGUUCUGCCAUACGCUGGUCCUUAAUUUUAUGUCAUUUCCUGACGGAUGGCUGGAAAUGUGGGUAAGAGCGUGAGUGAACUCUAAACACCUUCCUAGAAAAUCCAUGAUUUUGGAAUCUGGGAGGGGGGAGGAGAGGGGAAGGGGUGGUUCUUCUGUUUCCUAAACAUGCCCAACACCACCUGUGAAGAAAUGAUAGAUUUUGGUUUAUUAUCUUCAAAGCUGGUUGCUCUGCUGUUCAUGUUAGGUGGUGGCUAGGUGAGCUAUUGAAAUGCUACAGUAAGACCAGCUACUAAAUUUUAGCGCAAUCUCUUAUUCAUGGGGAGUUUGUAAAAUGCACCUUUAAAAGCACCAUUCGUAGUGCAUUAUCAUGAGCAAGACAAAACAAAAUUAGCCCUACAUGACAUUUUAAAUGCACUUUAAGUGCCCAGAAUUACAAGCGGGCAUUUUAUGAUGGGAUCUUCUGAAAUACCCAUCUAUAUUUCCAACCUUAUAAAUACAUAUAUAUAUAAAAGAGAGAGAGAGAGAUGCAUGUAUGUAUUUUAAGUCUGGCUCUAGCUUCCUAGUCAGGGUAGAAACAUUCUGCUGUAUAAAAUCUGUGCUUGAACUACUCUUUGACAGAGAUGCAAGUGUAGCAGUGAAAUAUUCAUAAUGCGAACCUAUAUUAAUUCAAGCUUUCUUGGCUCUGACAGUCUCAAAUGCAGAUACAUUUUCAUGUGCAACUUCCUAAGCUGUAGAACUUUCCCACGUGGUCAUGUUUCUAAAUUAAAAGCAUUUCUUCUUUGAGAACAAAAGCAAGUUGGGAUAGGUAGUAAGCAUUUUUGUUGAAGAAAAUGGCUACUUGCAAAAUGUGAUUGGUAAAGAGUUACCAGACACCAGAAGUGUUUGUGCCUGUUACGCUAAGGUACCUAUUAAAGCGAACAAAGCAAAGUGUA